GCCAGCGCCCCACAGCACCAUGCUCGCCCUGGAGGCUGCACAGCUCGACGGGCCACACUUCAGCUUUCUGUACCCAGAUGGCGUCUUCUAUGACCUGGACAGCUGCAAGCACCCCGGCUACCCCGACUCAGAGGGGGCUCCUGACUCCCUGUGGGGCUGGACCGAGGCCCCGCCUGUCCCCGCAGCCCCCUACGAAGCCUUCGACCCGGCAGCGGCCACCUUUGGCCCCCCCCAGGCCGCCCAGCUCUGCUACGGCCCCUCCGCCUACAGCCCCGCGGGGACCCUCGAGCCGGCCCCCAGCCUGGAGACACCGGGGCCCGGCCUCCCCGCGUACCCUACGGAGGACUUUGCCGGCCAGACCCUAGGCCCCCUGGCCUACGCCCCGUACCCCAGCCCGGGGCUGUCGGAGGAGGAGGAGCUGCUGCUGCUGGACAGCCCCGCCCUGGAGGUCUCUGACAGCGAGUCUGACGAGACCCUCGGCAGCAGCCCCGAGGGGAGGGGCUCCGAGGCAGGGGCCCGCAAGAAGCUGCGCCUGUACCAGUUCCUGCUGGGGCUGCUGACUCGCGGCGACAUGCGCGAGUGCGUGUGGUGGGUGGAGCCGGGCGCCGGCGUCUUCCAGUUCUCCUCGAAGCACAAGGAGCUCCUGGCGCGCCGCUGGGGCCAGCAGAAGGGCAACCGCAAGCGCAUGACCUACCAGAAGCUGGCGCGCGCACUGCGCAACUACGCCAAGACCGGCGAGAUCCGCAAGGUCAAGCGCAAGCUCACCUACCAGUUCGACAGCGCGCUGCUGCCGGGUGUGCGCCGCGCCUGAGCCGGGCCCGGCCCCGCGUCGCCCGGGUCGCUGUCCCGCGCAGGACCCCCAGGAGCGUGGUGCUUAGACUCACAGGACCCGUAGACCACUCUACUCUGUGUGUGUAGGGGACAGUGCCUCCAGAACCCCAAGAGCCUCUGGGAUCCCCUUGUGGUAUCCGAGGUCCCCUGUCCAGGACAAGAAGGGCCCUCUAAGGGCCCUUGUGUGUCUGCGAAGCCUUGAUCUCAUCAGGGUGGGGGCACCCACAGAUCACUGCCCCAGGAGGGGCGCUGCCAGCAACCCUAGCCCUGUGCAUGUACGGGGGUGGGGGCGGGGAACCUGGAUCUCCUCUAGUCUGAGUUCUCGUUGGAUCGGCAAUCUCCUAGUUAUGCCUGGGGCCCUCUGGGAGACCCUUGUGGCCUCCGUGCUCGCUCCAUGCUCCCCUAGAUCCUUUUGUCAUCUUUGAGAUCCCCGUAUACUCUGGAACCACUCUAUUUUCAGCUUUUUGUGUCUAGAGUUCUGUAGUCCCAUCUAGGGUCCCUCUGGAAUCCUUGGGGCGUGUCUGAAGUGACUUGGUAGGUGUGUGUCGGGGUUCGGUGAAACUUAGUCUGGGAUUCCCUCGUCCUAUUUGGGACCCUCCAAUCACAUCGGGGCCCCCAAGCAGCCCAAGUUCUUGUGGGGACCCUGCCUUCCUGGAGUGCCCUCUGGAUGCGUAUACCAAGAUUUGCCACCUCUGUGACUUCUGUGUCAUCUGGCAGCUCCCCCUACCAUGGCAUUUUUUUGUUUGUUUUGAGACAAGGUCUCACUGUGUAGUCCAAGCUGUCCUUGAAUUCACUAUGUAGCCCAGGCUGGCCUUGAACUCACAGAGAUCCUCCUGCCUCAGCCUCCUGAGUGCUGGUCCCUGGUGAUGUUUUCUUAAAUCCACGGAAGCACUCUGGAGGGAAAACCCUGAGCUGCCAACCAGCCUUUUGACAUAGGGAGAUUUUGCAUAUGAGCCAGGGUUUUGGUGUGGAGGGGCUGGAGCUAGACAGGGGCCCCUCAUAAUGGACCAUUUGUUCUCCAGGCUGCCUGGGGGCUGGGCCUAGCUGCCUGUUUGGCCCCGAUCAUUUGCAUUUUGAGACCUGUGCAAACCCAGCUGGAGCGCAGGAACCUGGGGGAGCUCACAUGGGGUCCCCAGGACCCACGGACUCAGAAGUCCAGGUGGGUUGGGGGAAGGGCGGGCGAGCAGGUCUCAGUUUGUAUUUCUGAACAGGGGGGAGCAGGAGAAGGACCUGAAAAGGCUGGCAGCCCUGCUGAGCCUGUGACCGGUCUCCUGACACCCACCCCACGGAUGGCCAGGAGGGAGCAAGGGCAUGGGGACCCAGAAUGGCAAGAGUUCCACGUGGGGACACAGGGCGGCAGGUGGCAGGGUCCGCGCUGGGACCUGCCCUCAGGAGGGGGCGCUGCACGGCGUCCUCCCCAGUCCUCCUCCCACAAAGAAGGUACUUCAUGCAAAAGC